AUGGACGCGAUUGAUUCCAUUCAGGCAAGCCCCGAAAAUCCUUGUAUACCCUGUGGUACAGCGGACUCCAUCCUGGCUAAUUGUCCUUCUACCAAAGGGAAGGGCUCCGAUACAGUAUCGAGCUCAAUUCAUCCGCCUCAGCUCCCCAGUGUCGUCGGAUUACACUGCGGUUCCACUGCGUUGAGGACUGGUCGGGCGAGAAAACAUGGAGAAAGGGAGAAGGACGGCGAAGGACGUACCAUAUUCGACAUAGAGAUUGACAUAAAUCUGAUGCAGCGCUAUCCGCAUGCUGGGGGCCUUGGUGUCGGUGAGCAUGACAAACUUGAUGUUGGUGGGCGUCUCAUAGUAGUGCAGUUUGUACUGGCUGGUCCGGUAGCAUAUGAAGCUGGAGAGACGAGGGACUCGUUAGCAUCACCGACAUGGAGCCAGACACGUGAGCGAGGGCAGCGGGAUGCCGCACCUGUCAUCCUCUCCGCCCAGCUUGCGCACCAUGUUCCGCAGGGAGAAGACGGUGCCGAAGAUGAGCUUCGCAUCGUCGUCCGCACUCCGGGGCGAGCGUCCCGAACUCUGGGGCACGCCAUUGCUCAGGGUCUGCACUUCGGAAGCAGGACGGGAGGGCUUGCUGCCAGUCGACACGGGGCGUGGGAGCCAGCGACGCUUGUAGAUACACUCGGCUGGCCGAACGAGGGACACAACAGUCAGGCCAAGUCAACGGCGGCUGGUCUGGUUGGCUCCGCAGGCGGUGAGGCCCCCGUUGGAUCUCUAGCAGCGCUGGCCGAAUCAAUCGCGCAGGAUAAAUGUUUCCUGAUCCACCGGUUAUCGAUAUCCCAGGCCAAUCCAACGGCCUCCUUGCGGAUUCUGCAAGAGCGCCUCGUAUCUUCGUGCUUAACGGUGUCGAAUAUAGUAAUAUGGCCAGUCCCACCAAGCCCAAUAACAGCCCUAUGUUCUUCUAGACCGCAGGUUGCUAUCGCCAGAGAGGCACGGCGGCCUGAGGAUCUCGUCCGUUGUCCCCAGCCCAAUUUCCCCCCAAACAAGAAGCUUCCCGCUCCCCUCACCACUCCCCCGCUCGAGGUCUGGAACUUCGAGUCUUCAGUCCACCUGCUGAGUUUUGGAUCCCACGCCGCUCCUACACCCGCGAGAUUACAUGGCCAACAAGAGACUACGGAUAGACCCGGUGCAGACAGCACCCGGUCCUCUGAAACUCUCGACGCGCGUUCGGAGUACACUACGAGUCAGGAUGACGGUUCUGCACAGCAUCGGAUCAACCAGUACAUCAUCAAGCAGGAGAUUGGCAGGGGCUCCUUUGGUGCCGUUCAUCUCGCGGUUGAUCAAUAUGGAAACGAAUAUGCCGUCAAGGAGUUCUCCAAAGCUCGUCUAAAGAAGCGGCAGCAGUCUCACAUGGUGCGCAGACCUCGUGGGCCCCAACGUCCCGACUCUGGGUUCAAUUCUCCGCUUCAUCGUCAUCCAUCGGGAAGCGACGACCAGCAAACGGGCCACCCCUUGGAUCUGAUCAGGCAGGAGAUUGCCAUCAUGAAAAAGUUGAACCAUAACAACCUCGUGUCUCUGAUCGAGGUCCUCGACGAUCCGACGGAAGAUUCCCUAUACAUGGUGAUGGAGAUGUGCAAAAAGGGCGUCAUCAUGAAGGUCGGAUUGGAAGAAAGGGCGGAUCCGUAUGACGACGAGAGCUGUCGCCUCUGGUUCCGCGAUCUCAUCCUUGGAAUUGAAUAUCUGCACGCCCAGGGGAUCGUUCAUCGAGACAUCAAACCGGAUAAUUGCCUUCUCACCAGCGACGAUGUGCUCAAAGUGACCGAUUUUGGGGUCUCGGAGAUGUUUGCAAAGAACUCGGAGAUGUAUACUGCCAAGUCUGCUGGUUCACCCGCCUUCCUACCGCCCGAGCUCUGUGUUGUCAAGCACGGAGACGUGUCUGGAAAGGCUGCCGACAUUUGGUCAAUGGGGGUUACUCUGUACUGUUUGCGAUAUGGCCACAUUCCCUUUGAGAAGCAGAGCAUCUUUGAACUGUACGAGUCCAUCAGAAACGACGAGCCCAACCUAGAAGGGGAGACAGAUGAGGAUUUCAUCGACUUGAUGCACAGGAUUCUGGAGAAGGAUCCCAACAAGAGGAUCACCAUGCCAGAGUUACGGAAUCAUCCAUGGGUAACCAAGAGAGGCACCGACCCGCUUCUACCGGAGGAGGAGAAUACGGCGCAGCUGGUCGAGCCUCCUACGGAGGAGGAGAUGAAUUCGGCAAUCACAAACAACUUGGGCAAUUUGCUCGCCGUGAUGAAAGCCGUUCAAAGAUUCAAGAGACUCGUGGAUCCGGCCAAGUCAUCAGGACUGCACAGUAUCCUUGGCCAGGAGCAUGAAUCCCAUUUCGUCCAGCCGCCUCAGGAAAUGGAUCCGGACGAAAGUCUUGACGCCCUCAACUCUUAUAAGAGGGCCCUACGAGAAGAUGAGAUCGCUAACAAAGGAUCUCGUCCGCAAGCUGUGUCCCGGGAACGAGGUCGGUCUCCGAAAAGGGCCGGCUCGGGCGGCGUUUUAUCUACACAUGGAUCUGGCAGCCGUGGCGCGACCCCUGCGUUGCAGUCCUCUCGGGAUGAUACUCCUUCCACGAAACGGAGCAUCUCGGAGGGGACGCGAGGCCAUGCGCGCGAUCCUUUGGAAGAAGAACACCCGUAUCUUUUUAUUGGACCGUCCACAUUUACCGGUGAAUUAACGGAUGAUCCCCUCGGUGACGGGGUGGUCCCAGGUCCGGACACCUCCAUGGAUGGGAUCCCUGCAUUCCCCAACACGCUGCCUCCCAUAGAUCCGAAUGCCGUCCCGGUUGUCAGCGAAUCGCCUGGUGCAUCGGAGAUUGACAUCUACGAGACAGCGUAUCGGGAGGAGAUCGAACGGAUCAAGAGACGGAACAUGGCGCGACGCGACACUGUGACCAAGGUGUACCUGACACGGCGGGUAGAGAACAAGCAGAACCACCUGAGUGAGGUGUUGAAGCUGAUCCGGCAAGCGGAGGAGGAGUCAGCAUCGCACGCGACUGAGCCGAUUCUCCAGAUUGGUGAUAAAAUCUCGGAGCCUGUUGCUUCUGUCGGCGCCGCAGUCAGUGCUCUCACCACCCAACUUAAAGAGCAAAGACAGAAAGAACGGCCAGAAGCAGAAGCCAACGCGACUCCAACAGCGACGCAAGACAAGCAAUCUAUUUCUCCUUCAGCAAGCACCGACCAAAGCGCCAAAUCCGAUAGCAACCACUCGUCCUCAGCGGCCAAGCCAUUCUCGUCCAUAUCUGACGUGGUUACAGAGAUGGUUCACACGACCGCGGAGAAAUCUCAAGGCGGACUGAAGGCCCUGGUCGAGCGAGUCAAAUCCGGCGAGCACUCUCACGAGACCGGCACGACAGAGAAUGCUGCCAAGCUACCUGUGCAGGCCAGCAGUGCUCUGUCCAAUGGAGAGAAACUCAGCAUACCGUAUGAUACUACACCGAUAUACAUAUCAAGCAAAAGCACAAACAUGAGAAGAGUAGAAGAAAAUAGAAGGAAAUAUGUUGGUCCCAAGACUUUUCCCGAGAGCCGGGGAUAG